AUGGACACAAUAAAAGUGAAAAUGCAAACGUUUCCAGAAAUACACAAAAAUGCAUUUGCCUGCAUCAAAAACAUAUGGGUUAAAGAAGGCAUUGUUCGCGGAUUCUACGCAGGCACUUUGCCGGCACUUAGCGGAGGCAUAUCAGAGAACGUUGCCCUAUUUACCGCAAUGCCCUUCUGCCAGAGACUUGUUACAUAUUUGGCUGGAAAAGAUUCGGUGAAGGAGCUCAAUUUGCUGCAAUUGGCAAUUGCUGGAAGUUGUUGUGGAUUUUUCACGAGCCUUGUUAUGUGCCCAAACGAGCUGAUCAAAUGCAAAAUGCAGGCUAGUCUUGAAGUCGCCAAAUUAACCAAAAGAGAUGUCUUACAAACGCACAGGUAA